AUGAAAACCUUUAACUAUUUUUUACGCAGAAAAACCUCUGCUUUAACAGUUAGAAGAUUCACUACGGCUACCAACUCACGUAAACUAUAAGCUGAAUAAGAGGAUCCAUAUAGUUAACUCUAUCUAGAAAAAUAUGCUGCUUAAGACCCAUUUUUUUAAGGAUAUAGUGAUGUAGAUCCUGCUUAGCUAUUACCUGUGCAAUCAUAAUAGGGGAAAGAUCCCAUUCAAAACAAUCAGAUAUUUGACCCUAUACUCCUAAGAGAUAUAUAUAACGAUCUAAAAUCAAUAGAAAUUGAACCUAAUCUUGAAUAAGCCAAACAAAUUAGUGAUUUGCUACUUCACAAUGAAAGAUUGAAUAAAAGUAAGAAGCCAUCUCACAUCAUCAUUAAAAAUUUCCAAAAGCACCGAACUGAUGAGUAGGUCCUGGAAAUCAAUAGACAAGAUGAAUCAUUUAAAAGAAAAACGAGAUUUAUGGAAUAAAAGUUCCCUUUUAUUGAUAAGUUUGUAUUAUAAACUAAAGAAAACGGGGAAGAGAAAGCAUUAAAAAACUACUAUUACCCUUCUAAGCUAGAUCACAGAAAAGGAGUGGUAUAUUACUUGCAUGGCUAUGGUGAUACUUGCUCUAGAUAUAGUUAUUUAGCUGAAAAAUACGCUAAUCAUGGAUAUGAUUUCUUAGGGUUCGACUAUAAGGGAUUCGGUUUUAGUUAGGGAAUUAGAGGAUAGAUUGACUCACCAAGGUCAGUAUUAGAUGAUCAACUUAGAUUCAUGGAGGUAACAGAGAAAUAAUUGGGUUUAAAUAAUACUCAAAAAUUCUUGGUUGGGAUGUCUUUUGGAGCCAGAGUUGCCAUUUAAGCAGCAUAUGAGAGAAAAGAUAUAAGCGGUAUAUAGUUGCUUGCUCCUUAUAUUGAAGUUUAGGAUUUAGAUUCUUAGACAUUCAAAACUAAUAUGAAAACUAUCAUCGACGAUUUUUACCCAGAUUAAGGCCUUGGAAUGCUUUCAUUAAAAAAGUAGGAAAGAAUUGAAAAUCUGCUUAAAAAAUUCAUAGCAUCAUUCAAACUAGUAGAUGAAUAAAUGAAGUAAGCCUAAGUGGGUUCAGAACAUAUUAAGACUCCUACUCUUAUGAUAUUAGGAGGUAAAGAUUAGCUGAUAAGUAACACAGCUGCAAUAAAUUAUUUCAAGGGCAUCAAUACCUAGGAUAAAGAUUUGAUUGUUUAUGAGGACUUAGAUCAUUUAGUAAUACAAGAUACCACUCGAUUCGAGUAGGUUUCAAAGGAUUUGUGUUAUUGGCUUUAAACUCAUUCUAACCUAUGA